AUGAAAGGUCGAUUCGAUUUUAUCAACAACACUUUGGUAUUUCUUGGAAAUGAAGAACCCCCGGACGAAAUCAAGGUGGCGACGAGCCCCACAUUACCUGUGACAUAUUGUUUUUCUACCUCGGAAGGUGGUGGUGCAGAUGAUGGGCGGGAUUUAGGUGGAAAAAGAAGAGAAAAAAAGUAUUUUUGUUAUGUUGCCUAUUAUGUUGGGCGACGAUCUGUGGUGAAAGCUAAGCUCGCCGUGGUAUGGCUGCUUAGUUUGGGAAAAAGUCCUUUUGCCACUACAGCAUAUGCACUGCCUCAGUACCCUGUACUUUGGGCCCUGCUGUCUCAGACGUCGGACGGUAUGGCGACCGACGCUGACCUGCAUGCCAUUCUCGGAGCUGCAGAGCUUAUCAAAUUUCACGUGACUGCUCAGCAGGAGACCAAGUGGAGAAGGAGCGACAUACGACAGAUGAAUGACGGUACACUCGUCAUUCGUGGAGAGAAGGUUCCAUCGCGAAAUGUAGGCGGUGAUGGUUUUGUUGUGCACCCAUCUGUCAUCCAUCUCGUCGAUUCUCAGGAGAUCCUGUCACCUCGUCUGGCCAUUCUUCGCCUCCGCCCUUUGCGCCAAAAACCCAUCAGUAUCAUCAACUGCUAUUCACCAACAUCAGCAGCUGAUGAUUCCGAAUUGGACGCGUUUUACGAGGAGCUGGAGGAAGUAGUCCACAACGAGAAGUCCUUUUACAAAUUCGUUGUCGGAGACUUCAACGCAAAACUAGGAAAGGCCACAGAAGAGGAAUACAGGAUUGGAAGAUUUGGACUAGGGGACCGGAAUGAAAAUGGCAAUCGUCUCGUCGGGCUGUUGUCCGCCACUCGCCUCUUUCAUGGGAACUCUCUUUUCAUGAAAAAGAUCAUCGUCGGUGGACAUGGGAAUCGCCCAAUGGCGCGACUCCUGCGGACGUCGGCCACAUACUCACCAACCGGAGGUGGUGUCUAA